AUGGCAGCCGAAGGAAGACGAGGGCAAAGGCAGGAAGAAGCCCAGCAUACAAGCGAAGAACGAGGGGAAAGUGGAGCAGUUUUAGAAAUACUUAAAUGGAUGACAGAAAAAGAAGAAAAAGAGCGCCUCUAUAGAGAGGAGCAGGAUCGAAAGAGAGACGAGCAGUUUAUGCAACUAAUAGCCACACUUGGAAAAAAGCAAUCCGACAUAGAAGAGCAAGUAAAGGCACAAGAGGCGCAGCGAAAACAAGAGGAGAAGGCCCAGUUGGAGAAAAUUAUUCGUCUUCAGAAUGAAGAGCGGGAAGCCAGAGAGCGAGAAAGAGAGAGAGAAAUUAAAGCAAGAGAACUGGAAAAGGUAAAUCGUGAGCGAGAGAAAGAGGAAAGGUUGGCCAGAGAGGAGGAAAGAAGACUUGCGUGGGAAGCUCAAGCUGACAACGAGAGAAGGCAAUUUUUAGAGAAAUUCGCAGAACUCAGUUUAUCCAGCCAGGGACAAAAGCAGGCUUCACAAG